AUGAUUGGUCCCGGGCCCAACAAUCCCUACAGGCAUUACAAGAACCUAAAGGCCCCCUACGUUAUCCAUGCUUGUGGUCCUGACUUUGGUGACUGUGACAUUGCCGAGACGGUUGCCAAAGCCAAAAAGCAUUUGCGCAAUGCUUACAGGAAUGCUUUGCAUCUCACCAUCAACAAGCCCAUUUCUGACAUCAUCUUCCCUUUGAUUUCUUCUGGAGUCUUUCGUGGCCCCUUGUUUUUGUCUGAAAUUGCUGGAAUUGCUGUUCGUGCCGUCCAUGAUAGGGCUGCUGAGAGCAAGGUUGCUUCCAUUUAG